UAUCUUAACACAGCGAGAGCGAGGGUGAAAGAAAAAAAAAACACAAAGGCGACAAAAAAGAAAGAAACAGAGUUUUCACUUGAUGGGGCUUCUUCUUCGUCAGAGAGCUCCUUAUCUUUGUCUCUAUUCACGUCUCAUGGCUUCUCGUCCUCGUCUCUUCUCUAACCCACUCUCUCCAUCUCUCCACCGUCACAGCUCAUCUCUCUCCUCGCCUCUGUUCUCCUCCCUAACUCCCAGGGUAAAUGUUCAAUUAACGAAGGUUUUGAGUCAAGGGCUGAUACAAAGGAAUGCAAUUUCAACGAGGUCAUUUAUGUCAUCAACCAUAUCCACCGAGGCUUUCCAAGAGAGCGCCACAUCUAAGGGUUACAGCUCCGAGCAAAUCCAAGUGCUGGAAGGGUUAGACCCUGUCAGAAAACGACCAGGGAUGUAUAUAGGAAGCACUGGAACUCGUGGUCUGCACCAUCUGGUUUAUGAGAUACUAGAUAACGCAAUUGAUGAGGCUCAAGCUGGUUAUGCUUCAAAGGUUGAUGUUGUUCUCCACGCGGAUGGUUCAGUUAGUAUCAUGGACGAUGGGCGUGGGAUACCCACUGAUUUGCAUCCGGUAACUAAUAAAUCUUCCCUGGAGACUGUGCUUACGGUGUUACACGCAGGUGGCAAGUUUGGUGGCACAAGUAGUGGUUACAGUGUCUCUGGUGGGUUACACGGUGUGGGGUUAUCUGUUGUCAAUGCUUUGUCUGAGGCACUGGAAGUCACGGUUUGGAGAGAUGGUGUGGAGCAUAAGCAGAAGUAUUCUCGUGGAAAGCCCAUAAGUAUACUCACACGCAGUGAGCUGCCGCUAGAGUCAAAGGGGACCAAAGGAACAAGCAUCAGGUUUUGGCCUGACAAAGAAGUGUUCACAACGGCAAUUGAAUUCGACCAUAGCACUAUUGCUGGACGAAUCAGAGAGCUUGCAUUUCUCAAUCCUAAGGUUACCAUAUCGCUUAAAAAAGAGGAUGAUGAUCCUGAGAAGAGCCAAUAUACUGAAUAUUUUUACGCUGGAGGAUUGAAGGAAUAUGUUAGCUGGCUAAACAUUGAUAAGAGUCCGAUUCAUGACGUGCUGGGCUUCAGGAAAGAGACCAACGGUGCCUCCAUUGACGUUGCCCUUCAAUGGUGCUCAGAUGCGUAUUCUGACACGAUGCUGGGAUACGCCAAUAGCAUUCGGACUAUUGAUGGUGGAACACACAUCGAAGGUGUGAAGGCUUCAUUAACAAGGACCCUUAAUGCCCUUGCAAAAAAGUCAAAAACUUUUAAGGAGAAGGAUAUUAACUUAAGUGGGGAACAUGUUAGAGAGGGACUGACCUGUAUUGUCUCAGUCAAGAUUCCUAAUCCUGAGUUUGAAGGUCAAACCAAGACAAGAUUAGGAAAUCCAGAGGUGAGAAAAAUUGUGGACCAAUCAGUGCAGGAGUAUCUCACGGAGUAUCUGGAACUGCAUCCAGAUGUACUUGACAACAUUGUUUCCAAAUCCCUUAACGCUUACAAGGCUGCUUUGGCUGCCAAGAGGGCAAGGGAGCUGGUGAGAUCAAAAAGCGUUCUGAAGUCAUCAUCACUUCCUGGGAAACUGGCUGAUUGCUCAUCAACAAAUCCUGAAGAAUCUGAGAUUUUCAUAGUUGAAGGAGAUUCUGCUGGUGGCAGUGCAAAGCAGGGCCGUGACAGACGUUUUCAGGCAAUACUUCCAUUGAGAGGUAAAAUUCUGAACAUUGAAAGAAAGGAUGAAGCAGCCAUGUAUAAGAAUGAAGAGAUUCAGAAUCUAAUUCUUGGCCUUGGACUUGGAGUAAAGGGAGAAGAUUUCAAGAUGGAGAAUCUGCGGUACCAUAAGAUUAUCAUCUUAACAGAUGCUGAUGUUGAUGGUGCACAUAUUAGGACACUUCUAUUAACCUUUUUCUUCAGAUAUCAGAGAGCCUUGUUUGACGCCGGUUGCAUCUAUGUUGGAGUUCCACCACUUUUCAAGGUUGAGAGGGGAAAACAAGCACAGUAUUGUUAUGAUGAUGCAGAUCUCAAAAAGAUUACCUCUAACUUCCCUGCAAAUGCAUCCUACACCAUUCAAAGGUUCAAAGGUCUGGGAGAGAUGAUGCCUGAGCAGCUUUGGGAAACAACAAUGAAUCCAGAAACAAGGAUUCUGAAGCAACUAGUUGUUGAUGACAUAGCAGAAGCUAACAUGACAUUCUCCUCUCUUAUGGGUGCUCGGGUCGAUGCCCGGAAAGAACUCAUCAAAAAUGCAGCAACCACGAUCAGUCUGCAGCAUCUCGACAUAUAAUCAGAGAUUUAUUCAUCUGAUAAAGGGCAUUAGAAGUUAUCAGAGACAUCAUAUUUUGUAGUGACUUUGUCUUUAGAAGAGAGCUUUAUUUAUUAAACGAACAUAGAAAACUUUUCCACAA